AUGCUCACCGAACGUUUCGAGGAUCUACGACUGAUCAUUGAUCGCCACAUCGAAGCGUUGAAUCGAAUGCCGAAGAUUGCGAAGGAAAACGCGGUUGAGUUGCGGAGAUUGGUGGAUAAUUGCUCGAAAAAUGUGGACGCGUUGAAGAAUUUGGACCUCCCUGUCGAAGGGCUGGGCGAAGCCAUGCUGGUCAACCUGAUUUCAUCGAAAAUGGACAACGAAACGAGAAAAGUUUGGGAAACCAAUCAAAUUCCUGGUGAGCUCCCCGAGUAUGGGGCAACCAUGAACUUUUUGAAGGAGCGCUGUAAGGUGUUGGAGAAGAUCAGCAUGAACACGAAAAUUAGUGCGGACAUUGCAAAACCAUGCCGUCCGGCGGCGAAGAGACAUACGCUGGCUACAACAGUUGGACAAAAGUGCCCAGUGUGCAAAAACGAACAUGAACUGUGGAGAUGCGAUGACUUUAAAAAAAGCCAUCGUACAAAUGAGUGCCCUUCGUCGAGUUCCUGUAAAAAGUGCGGCAAGCGCCAUCAUACGUUCUUGCACCCUGAAGAUGGCAAGAAUGUGGCAGCGAAAACGUCAGAUGUUGAAACAAAAGUCGGCAGCCGUGUCGAUGAACCGCAGGUGAAAACGGCUUCGGUAGUUGAAACUGAUCGGGUAGAGGCAACAUCAACACUCUGUACCCACGACGAAGCGUCGAAGCAUCAAUGUCUACUGUCCACCGCCGUCGUCAUUGCUUACGGUGGUGCAGGAUUACCGUUUCCAUGCAGGGUUUUGCUUGAUUGUGCCUCUCAGUCGCAUUUCGUCACGGAACAGUUUGCCGAUAUGCUGGCCUUGCGGAAGGAACCUGCUGAUUACCUUGUUAGUGGGUUGGACGGAAAGAACACCAGAAUAAGAACCAGAAUCCAGUUGAAGAUUGCAUCCCGAAUCAACAACUAUUCCAUUGUGCUGGACUGCCUCGUCACACCGAAGAUCAUCGGUGACUUGCCGACGCGAAAUCUGGAUGUUCGCAAAUGGUCAGUUCCGGAUAAAAUCGAGCUCACCGACCCCUUGUUCUUCAAGAAGAAUCGUAUCGACGUUUUGAUCGGAGCAGACGUUUUCUGGGACUUGCAGAAACCAAAUCGUUUGAAGCUAGCUUCGGAUUAUCCAACAGUGACAGAAACUGAACUCGGUUGGAUAGUUGGUGGGGCUUUUCCAACAACAGAGAAGCGACAUCAGCGGGCCCUCUGCACGGUAGUCGAAAUUGAGAACCUGGGUGAUUUGCUCAACAGCACUUUCCAGCGGGACGAUGCUGGCCGAUUUUUCGUUCGGCUCCCGUUCAACGAGCAUAAGGCAGACAUAGGCGAAUCGAAGACGAUGGCGGUGAAACGAUUCCUAAAUCUAGAACGCAAGUUAGACAGGGAUCCUUCACUGAAACAGCAAUACGCAGCGUUUAUUCAUGAGUAUCAGCGAUUGGGCCAUAUGCAGGAAAUCGACCCAACAAUGAGUGAUAAAGACGGUUUUUAUCUUCCUCACCACUGCGUCAUCAAGCCGUCGAGCACAACUACGAAACUUCGAGUUGUUUUUGAUGGAUCGGCGAAGUCUUCCAGUGGAACGUCCAUAAAUGAUGCCCUGAUCCCGGGACCAAUUGUGCAGAAUGAUCUGGUGGCGAUACUGUUGAAUUUUCGCUGCCUACGUUACGUCGUUACCGCAGACGUGCCGAAAAUGUUUCGGCAGAUUGGUGUGCAGCAGCCGGACAGGAAGUAG